AUGUUCUUUGUUUUCAGUAAGGCAAUUUUGCAUAUUUUCUCUUGGCGUCUCUUCCCUAUUUACUUUUCUUCUUCUUCGUCUUCUUCGUUGCCUAUUUUUUAUAAGAUUUCACAAAUACCAUAUUUUCUUCUCUUCUUCUCCCUCUUUUCCUAUUAUUACCGACAAUUUCUCACUCCCACUCUUUUUCAUCAACUAUUUAUUCAAAUCGCUGUUUCCCCCGUGUCUUUAAUUGUCCUUUCUUUCUCGUUUUUGAGACGUGUAUUCCAUAUUUGUUCUGUUUCUUUCUCUUCGUCUGCAUGUAGUUCAUUCUUUAACGUCUUUUUUUUUUUUCGCUGUGAAUAUUAUUCCGUUACGGAAAUUAUUUCAUAUCUUUUUUUUUCUUUUUCCUCCAACUGCUUCAAGGUUCAUCCUCUUUAUCUACUCUUUCAUUCUUCUUCUUCUUCUUCUUCUUCUUCUUCUUCUUCUUCUUCUUGGUUAGAUUUCGCAAAUAUCUUAUUCUUUUUCCUAAUAUUUUUCCUACUUCGAUUAUUUUGCGAUAGAUUUUCCACAUAUCUAUUUUCUUUUCGUUCUCAUAUUUUUCUUGUGUUUCUCAUUCAUAUACUUUUCACUUUCAAUUAG